AUGGAAGAUCUGCAGCGGGAGCGGGAGCGGGUGGAACGGCGCCACCUCCGCGAGAAAAAAGAGUUGCAGGACCGCAUCCAGAGCAUGAAAAAUGCGGUGCCUAAAAGCGACAAGAAGAAAAGAAAGCAGUUGCUCCUAGACGUGGAGCGCCUUGAGGCUGAAUUGGAGCAGAAGCAUCAGCAAGAGCUGGAGAAGUUCGGGGAGACAUACCCUGAUACCAGCAACCUCGAUGCCGUCGCUGCAGGUCUGGCCAAGAUGAAUAUUGAGAAUCGGCCUCCCCGCCUGUCGAAGGUGCAGAAAAGGCGCGAAAGAAGGGCGGCGCAAGAGAGAGAGCGCCAGAAGAUGGCGGAGGAGGCUGAAGCAGAUUACAUGGCUACUCACCGCCGCAAGGAGGAAGAGAAGCUGGCUGCCAUCCUCGCAGCCAAGAAUCUGGAGAUGAAAUAUAUUCCGGUCGACAGCCACUGCAUGUACCGCGCCAUCCAAGACCAGCUGCCUUUCUCCGAGACGCUGGAGAACCUGCGGAGCCGCACGGCUGACUACAUGCGACAGCACAUCGACGACUUCCUGCCCUUCUUCAGCGACCCCGAAACCGGAGAUGCCUACAACUCCGACGACUUCUUGAGCUACUGCGACGACAUCGUGCACAACGCGUCGUGGGGAACCCAGCUCGAGCUGAGGGCCCUGUCGCACGUCCUGCGGUCUCCCAUCGAGGUGGUCCAGACCCAGGCGCCCGCCUUCGUCGUCGGGGAGGAGUACACCGAGAAGCCGCUUGUCCUCGUCUACGUGCGUUACUGCUCCAGCUUCGGGGAUCACUACAACUCCGUGAAGCCGCUCCCAGCCGGCGCCGUUGGGGGCGCCGCCCCGCGGUUCUUCUAGGCGGUCGCGGUCGCCACCGCCGAAGCCAUCGCCGGUGCCGUGGCUGUUGCCGCUGCCCCGCCGCCAUGGCCGUCGCCGCUGCCGGUGCCCCGUUGCUGUUGCUGUUGCCGCUGUCGUUGCUGGUGCCUUUGCCGUCGCCGCUGCCGGUGCCGUUGCUGUUGCCGUUGCCGCCGCCGUUGCUGCCGCUGCCGUUGCUGCCGCCGCCCCCAGAGCCGCCGCUGUCGUUGCCGGUG